AUGUCCAUGAAACGCAACAGCGAGGCUCCGGUCAGGAAUGAGACGUUUCUGGUGCACUCCAAGAAGUUCUGCGCUUCUCCAGAACCGGGCCGUCGCUAUGAUUUAAACGCAGCGGACGUUCUGGAGGAGGAAAACGGUUCCGGCGUCAAGUCAGAAGCAGAGGACGGCAAUGAGACUCCGUCUUCGGAGGAGGACCAGGAGCUGGUGGAGUAUUCUAAAGAGCUGUCCAUCAGACAGAGCAGCUCCGCGUCCAAGAAGACUAUCACCCAGAUCAUCCGGGACAAGAAGAAGCAAACGCAGCUCACCCUGCAGUGGCUAGAGGACAAUUACAUAGUGUGUGAAGGUGUGUGUCUUCCCCGCUGCAUCCUCUACGCACAUUACCUGGACUUCUGCAGGAAGGAGAAACUAGAACCAGCCUGCGCUGCUACCUUUGGAAAGACUAUCCGGCAGAAGUUUCCUCUCCUAACGACCAGAAGACUAGGCACCAGGGGGCACUCAAAGUACCAUUACUACGGCAUCGGCAUCAAAGAGAGCAGCGCCUACUAUCACUCCGUGUACUCCGGCAAAGGUCUAACCAGAUUUUCGGGGAGCAAGCUCAAGAACGAGGGAGGAUUCACGAGGAAGUAUUCUCUGAGCUCUAAAACCGGAACGCUGCUUCCGGACUUCCCGAGUGCUCAGCAUCUUCUCCUGCAAGGAAGCGUCUCCAGAGAAAAGGUGGACACCCUCAUUAUGAUGUAUAAAACACACUGUCAGUGCAUCCUGGAUAAUGCAAUCAAUGUCAACUUCGAAGAGAUACAGAAUUUCCUGCUCCAUUUCUGGCAGGGCAUGCCCGACCACCUCUUGCCGUUGCUGGAAAAUCCUGUUAUAGUGGACAUCUUCUGUGUGUGCGACUCCAUUCUCUAUAAGGUUCUGACUGAUGUUCUUAUUCCUGCCACCAUGCAAGAGAUGCCAGAAAGUCUGUUGGCGGACAUCCGUAACUUUGCCAAGCACUGGGAGCACUGGUUGGUCUCCUCUCUGGAGAACCUGCCGGGAUGCCUUGCAGCUAAGAAGCUUCCCAUUGCACGGCGCUUUGUCUCCUCUCUUAAGAGGCAAACCUCCUUCCUGCACUUGGCACAGAUUGCCCGUCCAGCCCUGUUUGACCAGGCCGUUGUGGACAGCAUGGUGGUGGACAUUGAGAAGGUUGACCUCAACAGCAUCAGCUCUCAGCCUCUGCUGACCAUCACCGCUGCUGGAGACCAGGAUGCAGAUGUCUACUCUGAGUAUGACUCCAUAGCCAUCUUCCAGGAGCUUAAGGACUUGCUGAAGAAAAACGCGACGGUGGAGUCCUUCAUCGAAUGGUUGGAUACCGUUGUGGAACAGAAGGUCAUCAAGCCGGGGAAGCAGAGCGGUCGCUCUGUCAAGAGGAGAGCUCAGGACUUCCUGCUCAGGUGGAGCUUCUUUGGUGCCAGAGUGAUGCACAACCUCACGCUCAACAACGCCUCCAGCUUCGGUUCUUUCCACCUGGUCAGGAUGCUGCUGGACGAGUACAUCCUGCUGGCCCUGGAGACGCAGUUUAACAACGACAAGGAGCAAGAGCUGCAGAACCUCUUGGACAAAUACAUGAGAAACGCAGACGCCAGUAAGGCUGCGCUGACGGCCUCACCCAGUUCCUGUUUCUUAGCCAAUCGGAAUAAGGGCAGCUCUGUCACUGACCAGUCAGUGAAGAACGAGUCUCUGGCAGAACUCACCUUCAUGUCGAUGUGCGCCAGUCAGCAGCAAGCUUUGGAAAACAGCAUGGUUGUCUACCACGGGCCUGAACCUGCUGGUUUUACUGAUUCAGGUGGUCACAUGGACUUGUCUCAGGCUAGUGGUCCCCUGAUGACGCCCCCGAUAUCUCCAGUGACGCUAGUGCACCGAGGCUCUGUCAUCAAUCAAGGACCCAUGGCUGGGAGAUCCCUUGCCUCCUCUUCCUCCUCUUCAUCUUCCUCCUGCCUCCCUUCAUCCAUCGGUACCAUCACCCAGCCUUCCCUGAGCCACCAGUCCACCCUCUGUUCUUCCUACCAGGAGAGCCUGUACCACUGCUUACCUCAGACCUGCUCCCCUUAUUACCCCAUACCACCCACCAGCUCCUCCAGCCUCAGCUACCAGCCCACACUCAGGCAUCACACACAGACCCAGGGGCUCAUUUCAGUUCAGUCUCAGUCGUCACCCCUGCCCUACCACGUCUCUCGAUACCUGUCCCUCAAUGACCAGCACCCGGCUAAAAAUGUUUUCUUCAACAGUAGUCAUCAUCAGUCAUCCAACGGUGGUAGCUGUGCCAUGGCAGCGUAUGGCUCUGUGGCCCGGCCCACAUCAGGCUACAGCUCAGAUCCAGCACACAGUACCCCAGACCAGGGGAUGGAUGCCCAGGUGGCAGCCCAAAUGAUUGACUCAGCAGAGGGAUAUGAAUUUGUGGGGGCUGGCCUCAAUCCUUCAGUGGCCGACUGUCACGACCAUGGCUACUCUGCCUCAGGACACAGUGGUUACUAUGGCAAUAGCAAUUACCUGGACACCCAGCGUAUGACGUCAUUGGUGGACCAGCACGUGUCUGUCAUCAGCAGUGUGGGAAAUCUCCGCCCAUUCCCUCCGGCAUACUCUGAGGUCCAUGACCCCCUCAACAUCCUUGACAACCCAGGAAGGAAAACCUCAGGGCCAUACUACACUGAGCCGGAAUCAGGGGGAGUGUCGGCCCACUGCAUGUAUGGAGGGCCUGCUCAGUUCCACUCCCAGGAUGUGCUUCUCCUGCCCCAGCGCGGGACGCCAUCUUCAGAGGGGCGUGAUCUGGUGACAUCACUGCCGCCUAUCAACACUGUUUUCAUGGGUGCAGGAGGUGUGUCAUGA